AACGAUAACGGAUAAUAUGAUAACCGAUCACAAAUUAAUUAUAUAUUUUUGAAUCUCCAUGACUGUAAUCAUAAUAUUAUUGAGUAACAAUAUUGUGAUAUUAUAUUGAAUAUCGUCGUUUCUGUUGCGUAUUAAAAAAUAAUCUUGUGAAGAGAAAAUUGUAUUGUCUCUAUAGCGAAAUGUUCAUGUCUAAAUAUACUGAUAUUUCAAGAGUAUUUAAAGGAACUCAAAUGGUUUUUGAAGAAAUAAUUAAAAUGAAUGAAAAAAAUUGUAAAAAAAGAAUGAAAAUAUGUUGUUUAGCUACAGCUUUCGAAGAUGCCACUAUUCAAUUUUCUAAUAAAAUAGGAGCUGCUAAAUUAACACCAGAAUAUAUUGUUGAAGAAGUUACUCAAAGAACAGCAGUUGUAUUUAAUGGUUUGAGAAAUAUUAUUGUUAUGACUUUACGUCAAGAUAGAUCACCCAAUGAACAGUUAGUUUACGAUUCAGUUAAUAAUUUAUCAAUAGAGCCAUAUUUCAGUGAAGGUCCAACAUUAAAUGGUCCUUUUAAAGUACCUACUAACGUUUUAAAACAAAAAUAUUUAUCCGAAUACAGUAACACAUACAUUAUUAUUAAUAAUAAUGUUAUGAAAAAAAAAUUAUGCUACUUUAAUUAUAAUUAUCUGAGUACCAUCAAUUCAACCAAUAAAGGAGAUAACCAAAAACCAACUGUCAGUAAAAAUUCUAAACCUAAGCAACAGUUAAGUGGAUCAGCUAAACAAAGAACUGUCCCAUCUAGUCAAAUAAGCCGUAUGUUGUCUUUUGGGGGAUUAGCUGCUGGUAUUGGUAUUGGAGCUGUCACAGAAAUUACUAAACGAACUUUAGGUGUAAGUAAUUCUACUAAAAAAAAUCAAGGUGGUUACAUUGAAAAUGUAUUUAUUUCACCUGAAAAUGCUGAACGUAUUGCUAAUACAUUAUGUGAAGUACGUGGUGCUGCUUUAAAAAUUGGUCAAAUUCUCAGUAUUCAGGACAAUAACUUAUUAAGUCCUCAGUUACAAAAAGCAUUUGAAAGAGUACGACAAUCAGCUGACUUCAUGCCUACUUGGCAGUUAGAAAAAAUGUUGAUUAAAGAAUUUGGUUCCAAUUGGAAAAAAAAAUUUGAAUUAUUUAAUCUAAAGCCAUUUGCAGCUGCUUCUAUUGGUCAAGUUCAUGAAGCAACUAUUAAAGAUGGUACUAGAGUUGCAGUUAAAGUACAGUAUCCAGGUGUUGCGGACAGUAUAAAAAGUGAUAUCGAUAAUUUAGUUUAUGUCAUGAAAGUUUGGAAUAUGUUUCCUGAAGGAAUGUUUAUUGAUAAUAUUGUGAAAGUAGCUAAAAAAGAAUUGGCUAAUGAAGUUGAUUAUAUAAGGGAAGCAGAGUGUACUAAAAAGUUCAGACAGUUAUUAGAACCAUAUCCAGAUUAUUAUGUACCCAAGGUUAUAGACCAAUUUUGUACAAAACGCAUAUUUACUUCAGAACUUAUUGACGGUGUACCCUUAGAUAAAUGUGAGAUUAUGGAUCAAACUACACGUAAUAAUUUAUGCUUCUUAGUUUUACAACUGUGUCUUAAAGAACUUUUUGAAUUUUCAUUCAUGCAAACUGAUCCUAACUGGGCCAAUUUUUUUUAUAAUGAAGAAACUAAGCAACUAAUUUUGUUAGAUUUUGGAGCAACACGAUCAUUUGACCAUACAUUUUUAAGUAAUUAUUUGAAGAUCAUAAAAGCAGCUGCUGACAAUGAUAGAAAUAUGGUAUUAAAAUUGUCACAAAACAUGGGUUUUCUCACUGGAUAUGAAUCAAAAGCUAUGGAAGAUGCUCAUGUAGAAAUGAUAAUGAUAAUGGGUGAAGUAUUUAGGAAAGAAGGGGAGUAUGAUUUUGGCUCUCAAGAUUCUACCAAACGAUUGCAAGCAUUGCUCCCUGUCAUACUUAAUCAACGGUUAGCUCCUCCACCAGAAGAAGUGUAUAGUAUUCAUAGAAAAUUAUCAGAAUGUCUAAAAAAUUACGAAAAACAUUAUUCGAGAGAUGAAAUUGAAAGGAGAUCUCUCUUAUGAUACUAAUGUUAAAAUAAGUACUACAAUUGGGACUUCUUGGAGGCGUCAAUCAAUUUUAUUUGAGCAGUUAACGAGGUAGCAAUAAUUUUUUACUAGGUGGUACUAAUAUCAUUUACUUUAUAAAUAUACUUAAUUAUCAUUAUUAUUCAUUAAUAAAUAGGUGACCCAAUAAUAAAUUUUUAAAUUUUUCCCGCUAAAUAAAAUCGGCAGAAAAUAAUUAAAUUAUUGACUUGAUGAAAUAC